UAUGAACGAACAAAACUAAUGAGAUCUGUUUGUAACCUCCUCUGAAUAUCUGCAUUAAAUCUGUUCUUAUUGGAAUUAACAGCAGGAUGAAGAAGACUUUCACAAUCAUUAUUUUAUUUCUUGUGUGUGGAGGUGUGUUUGGUGAUCCAGAUAAAGUAAAGUCAGUGACAGUGACGGCUGGAGAUUCAGUUACUCUACACACUAAUAUCACUAAAAUACAUGAGGAUGAUGUGAUCUGGUGGAGGUUUGGAGAAGGCAAAUCUAAAAGUCUUUUAGUUGAAAUUGCUAUAUCGAAGAUCUUGUAUGCAAGUGGGAGAUUCAGAGACAAACUGCAGAUAUCGGACAGUAAGAUCGGAGAUCUCACCAUCAUGAACAUGAAGAUCAAAUACUCUGGACUAUAUGAAGCAGAGAUCAACAUUGACACUGGAACAGUAUACAAGAGAUUUAAUGUUACUGUCAUUGAAUCUCCUCCUGUUAUUAAUGCUGGACCAAGUGAAGUUGCGUCUUUUACAGUAAAGGAGGGUGAAUCUGUUAGUUUACCCUGUAAUGUUCAAACACAAAGAGAUGCUCUGAUAGUUUGGAGGUUUGGAGAUGAAAGGGCUCUCAUAGCUGAAGUUGAUAUGGAGGAUGAUAUGAUCUCAUUAUUUGAUGGUACUGAUGGAAGUUUCAAAGACAGACUGAAGCUGAAUGGUCAAACUGGAGAUCUCACCAUCACUAACAGCAAACCUGAACACUCCGGAGUUUAUCAGCUAAAGAUCAGCAGUAACACACAGACCUUAUACAAGACAUUCAGUGUUAUUGUCAGGGUAAAGCAAGUUGUGAUUCUCGGGAUUGAGAACAUGACCCUCGCAGAUCUGCGGAGAUGGGUUUCUAUCCUCCGGGAGCGUCAACCCCCCACGGUUGCAGAGCUCCGGAAUGAUGAUCUCUGCAACAUGGAGUCCCCUCCGGCUCUCAGCACCCAGGCUGGCGGCUGGCUUGUGUUCUACAAUGCCUCGGGCUGGGUAACACAGCCCGUGUUUGACCCUGAGAUGACAGCCAUGCUCGCUAGGGUGGCAGUCGCAGUCGGCUUGGAGUGGACUCAACUUCACCCACUCGAACCGUCCAGCCCUUGA